UUACUAUUUAAAGGAGGAAAGAAGAUGAGCAAAGAUCGCCUAAAAUGGUGGUUUGUUGCAAGUCAAAGUCAAAACCCCAGGCAAUAAAUUAGAAAACCAAAACUGAAAAUCCAACCCCAAGAGGCCAAAAGCCCCCAUACCAAUAGGGCCUAUGGUGGAUUUCAGACCGAGAGAAUUUGUUGUAUACUACAGCCUCUUUCUUUAGAAGAUUUCAAGAAAGCAAAAAAAAGAAAAAGAAAAGAAAAACAAGAACCAUUAACCAGCUCCAAUUUCUCUCUCUCUCUGUCUUUCUUUUAGAUCUACCCCCUUUAAACAUUCUGACACCUUCUCUUUUGUUCUGUCAGAACAUUCCAAAUCUCCCUGGUCUGUUUAAUCCAUCAGAUAAUGGGUUCUUUUCAGUUUAAUUUGUAAUUCUAAAUUUGUACACCAAUAGGGGUUGGAUAUUAUUUCACAGAACAUAGAUUCAAGAUUAAUGGUGUCUACAUUGAUCAAUGAGUAUUUGAUUUCCAGAACAUGUGGCUUACCUUUAAAGACUGAGAAGAAAUUAGAGCAGAAACUGGGGUUCAAUCUUGUUACUGAUAAUUAUUUGAUGAAUGAUUUGAUUGCCGGUUCCUUUGGGUGAGAAUAUGUAAGGGAUGGUAUCAGGUACAUUGAUGAAGUUUGUGAAACCCUGUUGGAAGCCUUCCGUUGAGGGUGAAAAUUCUGGGGAUGUUAGUGGUCGGGUUGAUGGUUUGUUGUGGUACAAGAAUUCAGGACAUCAUGUUAAUGGAGAAUUCUCAAUGGCAAUAAUUCAAGCAAACAAUUUGUUGGAAGACCAUAGCCAACUUGAAUCAGGGUCAAUGAGUUCCCUUGAGUCAGGUCCUAAUGGAACAUUUGUUGGAAUUUACGAUGGGCAUGGAGGCCCUGAAGCUGCCCUUUUCGUAAAUGAUCACCUGUUUAACAAUAUCAGGACUAUUCAUGCUGCAGAGUUCACAUUAGAGAAUCAGGGAAUGUCAGCAGAUGUUAUCAACAAGGCAUUCUUGGCAACUGAGGAGGAAUUCAUCUCUCUAGUAAGGAGGCAGUGGCGAACUAAGCCAGAAAUUGCUUCUGUUGGUGCAUGCUGUUUGGUAGGUGUAAUAUGUAGCGGGCUGCUAUACAUUGCAAAUGCAGGAGAUUCUCGGGUGGUGUUAGGAAGACAGGAGAAGGCUGUAAAAGAGAUUAAAGCUGUUCAGCUAUCAAUUGAGCACAAUGCAAGUUUGGAAUCUGUGAGGGAGGAACUGCGUUCAUUGCAUCCCGAUGAUCCACAGAUUGUGGUUUUAAAGCAUAAGGUGUGGCGUGUGAAGGGUCUAAUACAGGUUUCAAGAUCUAUUGGCGAUGCUUAUCUGAAGAAUGUAGAGUUCAAUAGAGAGCCUUUGUUGCCAAAGUUUAGACUUCCAGAACCCUUCUACAGACCAAUCCUUAAAGCUGAGCCAACAAUAUCAGUGCAGAAACUCUUCCCUGAAGAUCAAUUUCUUAUAUUUGCAUCAGAUGGCCUAUGGGAGCACCUAAGCAAUCAGGAGGCUGUUGAUAUUGUCCAGAGCUGUCCACAUAAUGGUGUUGCAAAGAAACUAGUCAAAGCUGCACUUUGUGAAGCAGCGAAAAAAAGAGAGAUGAGAUACUCAGACUUGAAAAAGAUUGAACGAGGGGUGAGGAGACAUUUUCAUGAUGAUAUUACAGUAAUAGUUUUGUUUCUUGAUUCCCACCUAAUAAGUCGCAGCUCUUGGCAUGGACCCCUACUUUCAGUCAGAGGAGGUGGUGGUAUCUUUGCUAACACCUAGUUUUAGAGGUUUUGAAAAUCUAUCACUUAAACUCUCCUUUCUUUUAUUGUACUGAGAACAUUCUUUUUUAUACCUUUUAAAGAAAGAUUCUUUAUAUUCUAUUCUUCCUAAUGUAUAGCAAUGCUUCAUGGAAACAUUUCCCCAUGAAGCCUUAAGAAAACUUGCCACAAAUGGUAGAGUCAAUGGCUAGACAGGGGAAUGCCUUAGGAAAAAUUCUCUGUAGGAAUUGUCUGGUGAUUGACAUAUAAUACUUCAAAAGCUACCACUUAAACAUAUGGUUUUACUGUUUUUCCUUAAUAACAGAACAAAGUUGCCAUGGA